UUGGGAAUGGGGAGGCACUACAGUAGUUUUCUACCUAGGUGUCUCCUCCAAAAUGAAAUGUUCCAAUAUUUUGUGAAAACAUUGUUUUAGAAGUCAUUGUAAUGAUGGUAUAUCAAUUUACCAAAACAGUAACUGCCAAUUCCACCUAUGUAUACUCAUCUGCAAUUCCCAUUGACAUUAAGGAAAGCUGACUUCAAUGGAAAUUGGAGGAAGAAGAAUGUCACAAAAGCUGCUGAAAGAAGCCUUUAUCAGUAACUUAAAUGGAACGAGUUUGCUGGAAAUUUCAAUAGGUUUAACUCUAGCGCCACUGUGUAUAGCUUGCAGAGGUUUGCUGUUAAUUUUGUAUAAGCUGCACAAUGGAAGAUCUUUACGUUCAAGGAAAUAUCAUCUACUACUAGACUUUACAGUGCUAGUAGCUCCUUUUGUGCUCGGCUGUACAAUUUUGUCCCCUAUCCUCCACCUUUUGCCAAUAACUAUUGGGGCCUUCUGUGCAGGAUUAUUCUAUAAAAUAUACAACAGACGAAAUCAUUAUAUCAGGACUCCUCCUAAGCAAAUCAUACAUGAUUUCCUGAAGACUAGCUUAGAACCAGACUACAUUCCAUCAAUAACUGUGUUUCGUGUUUAUGUCAAUGUGUUAACUGCAAUCAACAUUCUAGCAGUGGAUUUUCCACAGUAUCCCAGACGGUAUGCUAAAACUGAGACCUAUGGAACAGGAGCUAUGGAUUUUGGAGUGGGAGCUUUUAUUUUUGGUAAUGCUCUUGUUUGCCCUGAAGUUAGGCAAAAAACAGGUGUGGUGCAAUCCAAAUUCUCCUGUCUAGCAAGACAGUUGUUAUCUGUUUGGCCUUUAGUUUUUCUUGGUCUGGGACGACUGAUCAGUGUUAAAGCUGUAGAGUAUCAUGAACACUUUUCAGAGUAUGGAGUGCACUGGAAUUUUUUUUUCACUUUAGCAAUUGUGAGAAUGACAGCAUCACUACUUUUAACUCUAUUUCCAACCAACAAAUCAUGGAUUGUUGCUGUGAUUCUUGCUGUAUUUUAUCAGCUUAUUCUUGACACUACCCAUCUGAAGAUGUUUGUUUUAUAUGGGAGCGAUGGCAAAGAUACAAGGCUUGGCUUUUUAAAUGCUAACAGAGAAGGAGUGUUCUCUCUUUAUGGGUAUCUGGCUAUCUAUAUGGCUAGUGUACAAGUGGGGUUAUAUGUGUUAAAGAAGAGAACUUUAGUCAAGGACUGGAUUGAAGUAAUAUGUUUCUUUCUGCUGACAGUUUUUAUACUCUUUAUAUUUCUUCAUAUGUCUCAAGUUUACGUAGAGCCUGUGUCCCGCAGGAUGGCUAAUCUGUCUUUUUGCAUCUGGAUAGUUGCUCAGUGCCUGACAUUUUUUAUCUGUUUUUUAGUAACUGAUCUGAUUUUGGUGUUUACAAAACUUCUGGUAAAUGGGUCUAGAGUACCUUGCUGUUGGAAUUUUACACAACCACCUACUACAAAUACAAAGCAUGAUUCAGAGCCCGCAUCUAUCAAAAGAGAGAGAAAGUGGCUAAGUAUUUGCAUAAUUAAUGCUAUUGAUAAAAAUCAGUUAGUUUUUUUCUUGCUAGCAAAUGUUAUGACUGGCAUAGUGAAUAUGAUGAUAGAUACAAUCCACAGCAAUACCUCAUUUACCUUAUUUGUGCUACACUUGUAUAUGUUUACUAACUGUUUAAUUAUGUAUAUAUUGCACGCAAAAAAUAUAUUAUUAAAAUGCUGGUGACUAUUGAAACUACUUGUGUUCUAAUACUGCAUAUCUUAAGUGUACAAGUAAAAUUUCUAUUUUGUUAAACAUUAUUGUUAGCCAUGCUCAAGUGAUUGUUUUAAUAGAAAAUACAAAUUUUGUCUUAGGCUAUGGCUACACUUGCAAAUUUGCAGUGCUGCAGCAGGGUGUGAAAACACACCCUCUCCAGCGCUGCAAUUUGCAGCGCUGCAAAGUGCCAGUGUGGU